AUGGCAACAGAGACUCAUUAUGUCCUUGCGCGCAAGUCAGUGCCCGAGAGCGCCAAAUAUAGCAGUCCAAAUCAUGAAAGCAUGGAUUGGCAUGGCAUAUACAGGGACUUGUUAUUUAGACGCGGAACUAUUAACCCGCCGUGUACCCACCUAAAGGCGGAAGACUCAACAACGUCAUUCUGCGGCGACCCAACAUCAGGUUCAGGGCUGCGGAAGAGCCCAGGUUGCAGCCCAAAUGGGGACCACGAUGAUCAGCUGGACCAGAACGUUGCGCUGUUUGUCAAAGACUUCCUGAGCGAAUCAGCCAAGGCACGCAAUCUGUCCGAGUAUGAAGUAGCUGUGGUGUCUGUUGCCAGUGAAGCUGUUUCCACCAAGCUUUGUCAGCCCUUUUCUCUCUGUCCUAUCCCUCAAAUAUGUAUCUCAGAAUUUGAAGUAGGUGAAGAUGAUGAAGAAGUCUUGAUCGCACUAUGUGACGAAAUUGGGAAGUUCUUCGAGCUAUCUGAAGCGCUAAAUGAUGGGAAUGGGGGCUCCAAGUACCUCUGGGCAGGCAAAGAAAUCGGCAUGAUAUCAAGCCUGCUGCUUCGAAUUAUGCUUCACAGAAGCAAGGAGCUAAAAGCAGCUGCACUGCAGGCCUUCACCGCCUUCAUUUCAAGGUGUAACCAUGCGGAUCUCCUGAGGACCGAAGUGGCACUGCGAGUUUUAGAGCUGAGCGAAGAAAAGCAAGCUGCUUUCCGCCUAGCGGCUGCAUCACUAAUACCCACUCUACUUCAGUCCAUACGUCGAUGCAUGUCAAACAUUGACGCAAAACACGCAAAAGACCCAGAGAAACGGACAAUGGAGGAGUCCAGAGCUUUUGAAGCACUAGCGGACUUGAAACAACGGCUGCUUACUUCAUACGUCAGGCUGUGUGGAGACAAGGAUUGCUCUGUUCAGCUUGCAGCUGGCCAGCAGCUGCCCACCUUUGUGGAUUGCAUUGCAGCAGAAGUGGAUGGGUUGCAGCAAUUGUCGCCGAUCCACGACACCGCUAGUGGCGUCGCAGAGGGAGGCUCUGCUACAGGAGAGAAACAAAUUGGAGAGCUGAUGAUUGCUGUCUACACAGCAACCCAAAAGUUUACGUUAUCCAUACACGAAAGCUGCAGGAUGCAGGGGGUUGGAGCGGUAGCAGCAAUGGCUCGAAGACACGCUGCAGCAUUCCGAGCACUUGGGAACAACUUUUUACCAGUGCUUUGCAGCGACUCCUCGUGGCGGGUUCGAGCAACUGUGUGCCUUGCACUGAAAGAUAUUUCCCUUCUUUUCUGCGGUCUAACGCAUGGCGUAACUGCUGAAGCAAAGGAGACCGCUGCUAUGACAGGCAUGACAUCUUUGCUCUUUAAAUUUCUUACUGAUCGAUCUCCAAUGGUCAAGAUGGCAGCUUUGCACGUCCUUCCACAAAUGGCAGAGCUAGUCGGGAGUACUUCAUUCGUGCGUGAGUCUUGGAUGCUGGAACUUAGUCGAAUAGCUGAGGACGGCUGUAAAAGUCAGGGAUCUCGAUUAGCAGGCGCAUGCCUCGACGCACUGAUUUCCAUCAUUCCUUUGUCCGUUGAACCCCAGAGGCGUGCAUUUCUAGAACUUGCAGUAGAACUGAUUCAGCAGGGAAGCUGGAAACUAAAACUUGCAUUUUUAGGAAAUUUGUGUUCUCUCACAGCAGAAGAGAUCGUAUUUGUCUCCCCGCUCAUCUCAAGUAGCCAGUUUGCCACAGAUGAGGAAGGAGAUGACUGCUGGCGAAUUCACGCAGCCCUAGCUCAGCAGCUCCCCGUGAUCCUGAAUGCCGUGAAGCAGGAAGACGAGAAGUGGUGGCAACUCUUUACCGGCUUGCUCCUGAACCCAGCAUGGGCAGUCCGGCAGGAAGCUGGUUUUGCGCUGCGGUCUGUGCUAGAAAGCGAACACCGACGCCAAGCAGCAAAGAUCCCUGCUGAUUCAGUUCUGGAGCAGCGCCUUCUACGAGCUCUUCGGGAGGUCGCGUCGUGCAAGAACGCAUUUAUCCGCCAAGAUGUGGCAUUCUACCUUCACACUAUCCCUGGCGAAGCUUCUACGAAGACUGCUUCAAAGGGAUUGGAGCAAUCAGAUGGACCUUGGGGUAUGUCAACUCCGCAUGCCUUGUCUUUGACUGCAACGGAAAACAAUAGAGGAUGCACAUUCCCGUUCUCCUGUAAAUGGUGCGCUGUCAUUCAGAACGAAUUGAAGGAAAUGCUGACAACAUUAUCACGGGAUGAAUGUGAGGGGGUGCGAGAGGAAGUUUCGGCUUAUCAGUGA